AUGAAGCUGCCGCACGCUUCAGUGUUCUUCGCGCCCCUAUGGUCUGCCUUUCUGAUCAUCGUGCUUCCAACUACAUCCAGUCGCCCAGUGAGCACGUCAAGAGGCAAGGAGGUCGCGCAGCAAGUGACUGAUGGAAAAUGUGUCAUCGAUUGUAGCGGCUUGGGAGGGCGCUUCUACAAUGGCUGGUUAGAUGCCACGCAACAAUCGGCCGAUUUCUACAAAGAGCACAUUCAGCCAAAAAUGCACCGUUUCAAAGUAAGAUCAUAGUGGCUUGUCAAUACUUCCGAGGUGCAGCAUGGUCCUGAUGAGAGCUCCGUCGACUUCUGUAGCCUACCAGACACUGGCAGACCUCGAAGGAAAAUGAGCCUACCGUCAUUGGAAUGGCGUACGAUGAGUGAGCAGACCAGGCCCACGGACGCUUCACACACCUAAUCCUUGAACCUCGCGCUGAGACCUUGACUGGUCUGGCAAAGGAACGGCAAGCCAUUGAUGGGCAUCAACGCCCAGCCAAAAGGAAAUACCAAAUUGACCACAUUGCAUCUGCCGCCUGGAGUGAAGCUCACCUUGAAUCGGAAGCAGCAUGUUGGGCCGCCCCACUACCAGAUACCUCACUCGCAUUGGAGUGGCACACUUGCCACUCCUGAAGCAUCCGCCUCCACCGAGCAAGCAACGCCUGCAGGCGUGGUAUUGGUGGACAAAAGGCCUAGGCAUGUGAAGGCUCACAGCAUCAGAUUCAAAGACGCUGGAAUGCAGGUGUCAGCCAAUUGGUAUCGAGACCAUAUCAAUCCUCGAGUACACACCAUGGAGGUGAGUGAAGUCUCCCGACCCAGAAAUUGUGAUCUCUGAGAACAAAGGAACGCCCUCCUCUGUGGGACGAAUGCUGACUAGGGGACGAUCGCGCCUUUUUCAUCAAAGGUGCACUCUCGAAUGAGGAUGUCACCCCUCAAGUUGCCAAAAGCUCUGGAAGCGUUGCCCGACCCGCAGCAGCCGUACAGCAUUGUCUCGCUGUACGAUUCCGAGGGCAAGCCGUUGCACCGGCUUAAAAGAUGGCGGCCUACCUCUAAUGCUGAGCCACGUGUACGCCUUCAUUUGGCCCCAGGUUUGCACAUGCUCGACGGCAAUGGCAACCACUACCACAGCAAGGAUCCGCCUCCUUAUACGCUGGAGGAGCGCGACCCCAGCUACCAGGGCGCAAGUGCGUUCGAACCGAGCUGGCGGUAUCGGAGCUCACGCACUUCAUCAGACUCGGGGCGGAGCGCUAGUGUCCCUGCAAUCGAAAGCUCGCACCACGACGAAAUCCCUGCUGCUAUCCCGCAUAGCCAGCCAGGAUCAAGCUCUUUGCAGCGUACGCAUUCUGACGAGGCAGAGGGCAGGACUGGCAUUCCGGACCUGAACUGGCCUGCUGUUUCGCAAUCAAGCGACCUGCGAGAACGAGCGGUUGCUCUAACAUGA